AUGGCGAGCGGCAAAGCACUUCGCAGCGGUCUGUUCACUAUGACGGCUCUGCCGACAGCCAGCGAUAGGGCCGGCCUGAUUACGCUCAACGGACCCGUGUGGAAAGAACAACGACGCUUCUUCCUGAGGACGUUCAAGCAGCUUGGAGCUGGCACGCCGGCAAUGGAGGCUCGGAUACAGAAGGAGCUGUCGUACCUCCUGCACGAGCUGAAAGCUCGCGAAGGGACGCCCGUUGUUCCUCCCGACCUGCUCACCACCAGCGUCUCAAACAUAAUGACCGAGCUGUUGACGGCCACGCGGUUCGGACACAAGCACCCCAAGCGUGCCCACAUCGACGAACUGGUGGACGCUAUCUUGGUGCUCUCCAUCCAGGUGACGGCCGUCAACUUAUUGCCAUGGCUACGCAGAUUCAUCUGCUACUUCAUGCUGGGAACAUACGGGAAGCUGAAACAAGUCUUCAUCAACAGGAAUAUCUUCAGCGAAUCGGGAAUAUCGAAAGUGGAGAAAAUGUACGAGGACGGCCGGGUGCGCAACUUCACAGACGCGUACAUCGUCGAGAUGAAACGGCCGGGAGAUAGAAACAGACUCUUCACACGAACACCGUUCGUGAAGCUGGCUGCUACCUACCGACUCUGCUGUUGCUAUCUGCAGCAGUGA